UUUGAGCUAUGGGUUGUUCUUCACGUAACUUCAUUUCUAGUCAUCCUCUCCUAACUUUCCUCUUCAUUUAUUUGUCCUUUUUUCUCCCUUUGCAUAAUUUAUUCUUCCUUCUUCCAAAUCCCCAUUUCAUUCAAGUAUAAAUAUUGCAUAACAUUUGAUUAAAUCACUAUUCUGAUGUCACUAUUCAAAUCACAUGGACUUGUUAAAUUUUCAUAUUAUCUGUAAUACCAAAACAAGUUAAAGGGGGUAAUGUGAAUAAAUUGAAAGUUUACGUCUUCGAAUCCGUCCAAUAUCACUGUCAACAAAACCGCCUGUAUCCAGGUUCCAGAGUGAUAUCAAUUUUACCAUGGUUUCUCGAGUAUAAGAAGCAAGCAGAAAUGGACGCUUCUCCUUACUGGGGGGGGGGGGGGGUCCUUUGGAUAAGAUCAAACACCACAACAUAUAUUUUCAUUUUUACUGUUCUCCAGUUAGUUUUCAACCGUUUUCUCUCUUCUCCCUUCUUCCCCUUAUUUUCUAUAUAAACCGCCUUGCCUUCCUUCUCCAUCCCCUUUCUUCUUAUACUUACAUCUUCACUCUGAAUAUUUGGGUUUUGGUUAAGGUUUCAACAAUGGAGGUUUUGCAUUUCGUGUUUGGUGUUUUUGGAAAUGCCACUGCUUUGUUCCUCUUCUUGUCGCCGACGAUUACAUUUAAGAGGAUCAUUAGAAGUAAGUCCACGGAGCAAUUCUCUGGAAUUCCCUAUGUCAUGACCUUGCUCAACUGUCUCCUCUCUGCCUGGUAUGGCCUUCCCUUUGUAUCUAAAAACAACAUCUUGGUAUCAACAAUCAAUGGGACUGGUGCAGCAAUUGAGUCCAUUUAUGUAUUGAUCUUCAUCAUCUAUGCCCCAAAGAAAGAGAAGGCUAAAAUAUUUGGGCUUUUCACUUUUGUUCUCACUGUUUUCACGGCUGUGGCACUCAUCUCCCUCUUUGCCCUCCAUGGAAAUGGCAGAAAGCUCUUUUGUGGCCUUGCUGCCACCAUUUUCUCCAUCAUUAUGUAUGCUUCUCCACUUUCAAUCAUGAGGCUGGUGAUCAAGAGCAAGAGUGUUGAGUUCAUGCCAUUUUUCUUGUCACUAUUUGUGUUCCUCUGUGGUACUUCAUGGUUUAUCUAUGGUCUCCUUGGUCGUGAUGCUUUUGUUGCUGUCCCCAAUGGGUUUGGGUGUGGGCUAGGGACCAUGCAACUCAUCCUUUACUUCAUCUACCGCAACAACAAGGGGUCUCAGGAAAUUAAGAAGCCAAGUGGUAAUGGAACAAGCAUUGAGAUAGGUGAGAAGAAACCCCACCAAGACAAGCAGCACCCCAAUGGCAAAGUCCCUCAAGAUGAACAAGUUUAAAUCUUUUGUUUCAAAUUUCAGUUUCCUGCAUCUUAAUUUCUUGUAAUGAAUUGCAAAAAAACACAAGUUAAGGAUGUCAAAAAUUGACAAUUCCUUGUAAUGAAAUGCAAAAUCAAUUUGAAUAUGCCAAGAAAUAUAUGAGAAUGGGGUCGUGAAGUCUUGUUGAUGUAAAA